UGUAACACUAGUCACGUGAGACCAAUGUUUAUAUGUUUUGUGUUGUGUUUUGACUAUCAAUUCAAUGCUUUAAUUGUUUUUUAGUUGACAUUACAUCUUCAGUUACGAUGAACUCAGAUCCUGAAGACUAUGACUCUGCAGAUGAUUAUGAAGACAAUGAUAAUAGUGAAGUGGAAGAAGUUGAUGGUGAAGAAGAAGAUGAAGAAGAAGACAACGAUAGUAAUAGUGAAGAAGUAGAUAAUAAUGAAGAGAAAAUUGAAACCAAAGAUAACGAUGAAGAAGAAGAAGAAGAAGAAGAAGAAGACGAGGAAGAAAACGAAAAAACAUUAAGAAAUGAGUUAUCGAAAACACCAUUUGAGGAGUUAUUGAAAUUGUCGGACAAAAUGGGAACAAAACGAUAUCACGAGACAAUUGUCACCAAAUUUACCGCAAAUAAUGAACAGAAAAAAGUGAUUCAAAAGAAUAAUAAUAACGAAAGAAUUAUGAAAAGAGCGAACAAGAAUAGACCACAAGAGAUAUCAUCGAAACGACCGGUCAGUCAAUUGAGAAAAGUAUUUCCAAUUAAGAAGAAAAAUGUAGAAACAGAUGACAGAAUAGAUCCCCGUUUUGACGAUCGAAGCGGAAAAUACUCGGAAAGUGUCUUCAAUAAGACCUAUUCAUUCAUCAAUGAUAUGAGAGAUAAAGAAUUGAAUGAAUUGAAGAAAAUGUUGAAAAAGACAAAGAAUGAAGAAAAACGAAAAGAAUUACAAUUUUUAUUGCAACGAAUGAAAAAUCAGAAGAUCUCUCAUGAGAUGAAACAAAAGAAGAAACAAAUUGAGACAAAUAUUAGGAAUAAAUUGAAGGAAGAAUUGACUGAUAAGGACAGCGACGACAAGUCGUUAUCAAAGAAACGGAAGAAAACAUUUGUUAACAAAUCAACUCUUAAACGACUGGAACUCGUCGAGAGGUUUAAGGAUCUGAAGAAAUCUGGAAAAUUGGAUAAAUAUUUGGAGAAAAAGAGAAAACGAAAUGCAAUGAGAGAGAGAAAGAAGAUAAUGAAUAAUAAGACAAAACAUCGUUGA